AUGAUCAAAUACGCGGUAGUCGCGUUGGCCUUAAUAGCUGCAUCUGACGCCUUCGGCUUCGGCCUUCUUGGAGGCAGUAGUGGUGGCAGCAGCUGCUGCCCUGCUCCUGCACCUGCGGCUCCUGCUUGCCCACCACCAUGCCCUCCUCCAUGCCCUCCACCAUGUCCUCCUCCUUGCCCAGCACCAUCGAGCGGUUGCGGAGGCGGUAGCAGUUGCGGAGGCGGUGGCGGUUGCGGAGGCGGUGGCGGCGGAGGCUGCGGAGGAGGUGGUGGCUGCGGAGGAGGCGGCGGUGGAGGCUGCGGAGGAGGCGGCGGUGGAGGCUACCCUGUUCCUCCUCCACCUCCACCACCACCAUCAUACCCAACUGGUGGCGGUGGCGGUUAUGCUUCCAGCGGCGGUGGUGGCGGUUAUGCUUCCGGCGGCGGCGGUGGCGGAUAUGCAUCUGGCGGCGGCGGCAACGCUUAUGCAGGAAAGAUGUUGAAGAUCGCCGCUGUGGCGUUCGCAGUCUUUGCAGUGUCUGAAUCUUUCCUCUUCGGAGGUGGAGGUGGUGGCAGUAGCUGCUGUCCUGCACCUGCAUGUCCAUGUCCCGCUGCACCAGCAUGUCCGCCACCAUGUGGAGGCGGCGGAGGCGGUUGCGGAGGCGGCGGAGGCUGCGGAGGCGGUGGCGGAUGCGGAGGCGGCGGAGGCUGCGGAGGAGGUGGCGGCGGAUGUGGAGGAGGUGGCGGCGGAGGCUGCGGAGGAGGCGGCGGUGGAGGUUACCCUGUUCCUCCUCCACCAUCAUACGGAGGUGGUGGCGGUUACUCUGGAGGCGGUGGAUAUUCUGGCGGAGGUGGAGGCAGCUACGCAUCUGCUGGCGGCGGCGGUUACUCUGGCGGAGGUGGUUACGCUGGCGGAGGUGGCGGCAACUCUUACGCUGGAAAGAAGUAA